AGUAAUUCCUUACCCCAGCAAGGCAACACUAACCUCAACAAAGAUACUGAAGAUGGUGAGGUGUGUCUGGCUUUGGAAAGGACUCGAGCUCCUUCCCUUGCUGAACUGGACAGCAAUAGUUCCUUCAGCAGUCUGGAAGAGGAGGAAGCCCAGGCGGACCUUGCCCACCAAUGGCCACCUGCCGCACGUGGUACCCGUUUUCCCUCAGCAAACCCCACAUCGACUUUGCGCCGCAUGACCGCCGCCUUUGUUUGCGUGUUCGCUCCUGAGCGCAGAGUUGCCAGAUUGGUGGAUGAACUCUCAUGUGACAAGCGCUCCACAUUUGGGUCGCUGGUGCAGGACUUUUUAGAGAAGCAGAGGCAGGAGAUGGAGGCCUCAAAGCAUAGUUCUGCUGUGGAGCUGCUUCAGGGGAUGAGAAGAUUUCUGUCCCAAGCCAAAAGUCUCCUUCUGGAAGCAGGAGAAAUAGAACCUCCAAUUGAGACACUGGUGCCUGAGAAUGAGAAAGAUCUUGCCCUGGAAAAGGCUCUGUUUGGCUGCGUGUUGAAGCCGUUGAAGGUUCAGCUGCAGCAGAGGCUCGUUUCCCUCCACACUAAGGACGGCUCCUUACAGAAGAUCACAGACAGCUUGCUGGCCUACCAGGAGGGCGCACUGGAGCGGCUGGCUGUACGAGUCGGCGUCCUGGACGUUCGCGGCAUGGACAGAGCGAAGGCAAAGCUCACACUGAUGCAGCGCAGCCAUUCGCCCAUUGACAAAGUGCUGCUUCUGCUGCAGGUGUGCAAGAGUGUGUACAAAGCCAUGGGCACACAACCUGAUCAGGACGUGGGGUCUGAGGACUUCCUACCAGCGCUGUCCUACGUGCUAGUUCAAUGUAACAUCCCACAACUGCUGCUGGAGACAGAGUACAUGAUGGAGCUGCUUGAGCCGUCAUGGCUGACAGGAGAAGGUGGAUAUUAUUUGACGAGUGUGUAUGCCAGCCUAUGUCUGAUCCAGAACAAGCCUGGGGCCACGCCCACCUGCAGUAUAACCAAUGAGGCUCAAGAGUACUUGAGGGAGUGGAGCAGGAGGCGGGGCCAAGAAGCCAAGACACAGAAAGACAAUCAGCUGAAACAGAGGUUUGUGCGAGUGUUGUUCCAGGACGACUGUCGUAGUGGAGUGCGAACACUCCUCUGGAAGACAGGGGAAAAUGUGGAGGCUUUAUCCCAAACCUGCGCCGGUCUGUUCGGCGUGACGGAGCCGCAGCACUACUGUCUGUUCUGGAGGAGUGAAGGGGAAAUGCGUCCUCUGCCGGCCCAUAUUCAGCCACAUCAGCUGGGCAUGCACGAGGCAGUGUCGCUGUCUUACCUCCGCUCCGAUCACGACUUCAGCAAGAUGCGCAGACUGACCAGAGGAGGCGCUGUAGAUCUGGGCGAGUCGGUGUGCGAGGAGUGAAGAGACGCAGGUGCACAAUGUGACUUUUACCAUUUAUAUUUGUUGUCACGUCGGUGGCAAGAGGAUUAUGGAUGUCAUAAAGUAUUUGAAUGCUGUACAUGUGUUCAGUUCUAUGGAUGAUGGUGAUUAUUUUUGUGUGUUUGGGUGUGUCGCGUGUAAUCAGAAAGCACAAUAGCAUUUCAAAUGGAUACUUGGUAAUAAUGCAAAAAGCAAUAUCUGCCAAACCGUCACUUAUCGAUUGGCUUGCAGAGGUGUGCAUUGCAGAGUAAUACCAAAGUGUUGACUAUACACACAAAAAAAAUCUAAAUAAAAAUGAGUAAUGUUUAAAGAGUAUAUGUGCACAUCUGAGUAACGGCACUGUGUCUGCACUGGACGCAUGUAGCAUGCUGCAUUGAAUCACUGGAGCUGUUUACACUGGACUGCACUUUCACUUCAUGCUCUCAUUCAUCUGAAAUACAAAAACUUAUUUACUAAUAUCAUACAUGUUAAUUGAUAGAUAUUUGUUUUUUUAUUCUGCAUUGGUGCCCAUAAGAUUACAUAAAAUCUGGAAUUUAUUUAUUGAUUUAUUUUUGAUGUUUAGAUUUUUAUUUGAAGCUCCGUUGUAGCUCGAGAUCCCAAAUGCAUCAACUUCACUGAAAUGCUGAUUCAUUUAUUUUUAAUAAACACGGUUUAGCAAAUUAGAGAAAUAGGCAAAUAUGAUAAUUUCAUAUGUAACGUCUAUUUCAAAAAUACCUUUGUACACCAGUUUAUUUCGUUAAAAUAUGUGUUUGUAUUUUUACCAUUCGAAAAGGUAAAGGUAUUUUAAUGUUUUAUCUCUUCUGCUCACCA